AGCGGUGUGAAACUUCUUCACUACGGUCGCGGUCCUUCUUCUUCCUCGUCACUCGUCUUCUCCGAUUAACCUAUUUUUUCUUUCUUUCUCAUUUACCUCAAUUUCUAAAACCCUUUUCUUUCCAAAUCAUUGUUUUGCUCUUUCUUUUCUUGAUUCUAAUUCGACAGAGCAUCUUUUUAAUUUUAACCAACCUUGUGUUUGAGUUUUUGGUCGACCGAAUUAAUUAUAUGGGUGGUGGCUCAGCAACGUCGCUCGCUCCUGGGUUCCGUUUUCAUCCCACGGACGAAGAACUCGUUCGUUACUAUCUGAAACGAAAGAUCUGCAAUAAACCAUUUAAGUUCGAUGCUAUCUCUGUUACCGAUGUAUACAAAUCCGAGCCUUGGGAUCUCCCUGACAAGUCGAAGCUGAAAAGUAGAGACUUGGAGUGGUACUUCUUCAGUAUGCUAGAUAAGAAGUAUGGUAACGGAUCGAAGACGAAUCGUGCGACUGAGAUGGGUUAUUGGAAGACGACAGGGAAAGAUAGGGAGAUUCGUAAUGGGUCAAAGGUCGUUGGGAUGAAGAAGACUCUUGUUUAUCACAAAGGUCGAGCUCCUCGUGGGGAAAGAACCAAUUGGGUUAUGCACGAGUAUCGCUUGGUUGAUGAAGAACUCGACAAAAUUAAUGUUCAUCAGCAAGAUGCGUAUGUGCUUUGUAGGAUUUUUCAGAAGAGUGGCUCAGGACCUAAAAAUGGAGAGCAGUAUGGGGCUCCGUUUGUUGAGGAGGAGUGGGAGGAAGAGGAUGAUAUUAUUACAUUCGUACCUGAUCCUUAUCUUGCAAGUGAAGAUCAUGUUUAUGUCCAUAUGGAUGACAUUGAUCAGAAGCCUGACAACCUUGUGGUGUAUGAUGCCAUUCCUCUCCCGUUAAACUUUAAUCAUGGGGAAUCAAGCAAUAAUGCUGAAACAAACUACUCAGACUCCAUAAACUAUAUACAACCAGGAAACUAUGUGGACUCUGGUGGCUACUUUGACAAACCAGAAGAAUCUUCUGAGAAAGAUCAGAAGCCUAUUAUCCAUGAUGGUGACCUUCAUAUUGACGCAUUGUUUCAAGAUGACGAAAUUGGCUGUGGUGUCCAGGACGAGCACACGGCAAAUUUGCAAUCUUCUGGCAACAUCUUUGGGACUGAUUUAUCAUGCUACAAUGAUUUUCCUGCUGAGAGCAACUACUUGACCGGUGGGGAGUUUCAGGAUCCGAACAGUAAUGUUCUGCAGAAUGAUGGUCUGUACUUGGAAACAAAUGAUCUCAGCAGUACUCAGCAAGAUGGUUUCAACUUUGAAGAUUAUCUUACUAUCUUUGAUGAGGACGAUGAGAAUGCUCAGUACUUGACUUUUGAUCCUUCUCAACUUAUGGGAGAUGAAGAUGUUUUUGUUGAUCAAGAAGAGCUCUUUCAAGAGGUCGAUAAAGAGGAGACGACAGGAGACAAACAAGUGGUGGAAGAAAAAGAAAAGGAUGAAGCAUCUUGUUCAAAACAAGUUGAUGCAGAUGCAACAGAGUUUGAGCCAGAUUACAAGUACCCGUUCCUCAAAAAGGCAAGCCACAUGUUGGGUGCUAUUCCCGCUCCGCCUGCAUUUGCUUCUGAGUUCCCUACAAAGGCUGCAGCUAUCCGGUUAAACGCAGGACAAUCAUCAGGUUCAGUUCAUGUAACCGCAGGUAUGAUCACAAUAUCAGACAGCAACAUGGGCUGGUCGUACGACAAAAUCGCGAACCGUGAGUUAAUCCUUUCUUACCGUUUGGUCCAAGAGAAUGCGUCCGGGAAAUUAGGAAAUAGUUUAACAAGGGCAAUGUUAAUCUUCAUGUGUUUCUGGGUCCUCCUACUCUCAGUUAGUUUCAAAGUAAGCACUUUGGUCACUUCCCAGUGAUAAGUUCCACACUUUUUAAAACACGACCUAUGUGUUUGUACCCAUUAUUGAUAUAGAUUUACUUGCAGUGUUCUGCUACUCUGUUUUGUUGUCUAACUAUAUUGAAUAAUCUCAUUUUUGUAUCA